AAUCCUUGUACCAGAGAAGCCUGUUCCAGCCAUGGGAUAUGCUCACCGAUUUCUUUGAGAGAAAAAAUCCAUAAGUGCGUCUGUUACCCGGGCUACAGUGGCACUAAUUGUGAAAUUGGUAAGUGGCUUUUGAAUUUUUUCGUCACAUAUUUACCGAAACGAAUAUUCUUUGCUAUGUUACUUAUAACUACAACAAUCUUUAUGACAGGUGUGACAUUUUUCGGAUUGGUCAUACUUUCUAAACACUGAGGUCAAACGUACGUAGGGCAUGGGUGAGGGGAUUUAAGGUCCACCUUAGGAAAUUGAUAACGGGUAUCCUAUUGAAUUUCCGUUUGGAGCUUUAUUAAGGAAUUUAAACACUUCUGAAACACCGGGACUCACUGGCUUGUGUGCUUGUUUGUCGCUUGGUUCUGAAAGUCUGAAAGCACAAUACCUAGGCGUCACCUAAUCGUUACAACGUUGCCACAUGCGCAGACGUUUCACCGCUUUUUUUUUCUGUGGUGGCCAACUAACAUCCUAUGGUUUUAAAAGGGCGGUAAAUCCCCCCCUCUCCCCCCCGCCUUUCGAUUUCCGCCUUAAUUGAAAACUCUAGUGGCUUUAACACCGUUACAAAGAGGGGGGGGGGGGAGAGAAGAAUAAAUAAAAAUCUCUUUUAGGGUUUUCGCCACGUCUUUAUAAACUUACAAAAGUAAUCCAAACAUAAAUUUUAAAAGAUGGUCUUCAGUGAGUUACAUCAUAUGAUGCAUAUAUGAUAUUUGGUGCUAGUACAUGAGACAUGAAACCAGGUUUUUUUUAAACAAAAUUGCAAUUAAGAAAUCGCCAGAUUAAAUGAAAACGGGUGACCUAAUGUAUACCAAUACGAUGCCUUUUGGAGAUUUUCAUUUUACAUUUUCUAAAAAUGAUAAAAUAGAACAAAGACCCUGACAAUCUUAGUAAGAACUAAAUAGCUUAAAACUCUCACUCUUUACGACGUCAGUCGUAGAUUUUUUGAUCAAGAGUAAAAUGUGAAUUUUUUUUUCAGACCUAGUGGGUUGCACCAAUUACACUGUGCUGAGUGAACCCGAUCGCCAUACAUCGAAUGGAAGAGGAGAGAGCUCGGACGCAUCUCUCGUACCUGGCUGGUACAGAUUUCAGUCUGGUUCAUGCACUAAAAUGCUGGACCACUGCGUCAGCCACCACAGAUGUCACACAGACAUAACAGGCUGGUUAAACGGGACUCAUCCAUCCCUCGAGGAUGGCGUUGUUAACAGGCAGGCGUGCUUUCACGGUUAUCAUGAUUGUUGUUACAGACGAGUUCAAAUUCAAGUGAGAAGCUGUGAAGGGUUUUAUGUUUACUACCUUAAUCCAUCACCAGCAGGAAACUUUCGCUAUUGUGCAGUUGCCUAGGGAGGACCUUAAGCCACAGAACAGUAGCAUGUGAGCGGCACUAUUGUCUUCAAGUACAAUACGCUAUUAGGCUUAACUGCUUAGUAGCUAUUAAUAUGUUUGAAGUCAUAGCAAGGACAAAAUUACCCUCGAUAUGGUAGCGGGAAGCCAAGAUGGCUUAAAGGCGUUGUAAAUUUUAGACGUCCCAACCUGACACGAAGAGAAGUGUUCUGUUCUCCCAAUUGUCCUAGAAUCAAUUGUCUGAGGUGUACUUUACCAAUCACGUGAUGUCACAAAGAUUGUAACGGAAAUAUAAGAGGAACUGUGAAUUCUUAACAGGAUAGCAAGCGGCUACCCUGUAUGAAAUAGCAUCGCCUAAGGCCAGUAAAAAAGCUGUCAUUUUUUUUUAACCAUAAAGGCCAACCUUGUUUAGCAUAUGUAGCGUAGUUUUACAAAUGUAAUCAAAAUGCAAUCAUCGCCGAAGCGAUGUAUUAUUGAUAAUAAAAAAUCCUUUUUGAGUUAUUAUUACUAUUAUUUAAAAAACAAUAACUUUGCGUUAGCGUUUAGAAUGGCAUGUUGCUCGCCACAAUCAGAUUUUCGCAUUAGGGUAUGUAUCUUGCACCAAUCAGAUUGCCGCAUAAGGGUAUGUAUCUCGCACCAGUCAUAUCAGAGAAUUUGGAUAUCUUGCACCAAUCACAGCGUUUGGGGGCUUUACACAAAGAAUGACAUUAGCCAGGCUCAUUUGAUAAGUGUAAUGAUUUGUGGCCUUCACGAAGGCCUCGUCGCAUUUAACUUUUUGUAUCAUUUUUAAAUUAGAGCUUUUUUUUCCACUCUUUUACUCACAACACACCCGCCAAACAACUUACAUUCCAUUACGUACCAUGAAAACAAAGUCCAAUCAGAACAUACCCAAUCAUUGCACUACAUGAACAUUAGGCAAUUUUUUACGUGCUUUUAUGGCAUUCCACCAAUCAAAUUCUGUUUUGCCACAUUAGACUUCGCUCUAUCACGAAUAAUUUCUUUGUAGACAACCCACAUUUUAUCACCUACUCUAACCGCGUUGUCCAAACCCACUGUAAAAAAUUCACAUGAAGGUAAAUGUUAUCGAUAGUGAUUUUCUCCCUGUUAGAGAAACGGUAGUAAGCGUAGUCCUUUUUGCAACCAUUAUUUGAUCUUGAUCUCUCUCCAACGGGAAAUAAAUGGCGUUGUGUGACGAGACCAAACAACGGUUGCAAAGCGUGGCACUGAUGCAUUUUAUUUUUACAAUGGAGCAAAACAGAGACAAUAGACCACAAAAUACCUGUGUGAGUUCAGAUAAGUAGGGUUUUUUUUCUUUUUCUCAGGUAAACUAAUACGAUAUGAUCGUUCUUUUGAAAGUUAUGCUUUUUUUCUGUUACAAAAAUGAAACAAGACAUUAGGUACACAAAGUGUCCCAUCUCAAGCCGCCCAGCCGAAAAAAGAAAGAUAAUAACUAUCGCAUGCUACGCAUGCCCAUAUUUUAGCUUUUUGUCGACAAUAGUCAGGAUAACGAGGAUAAUAAAAUAUUUAUCAUUUUACCAUUACGGCGCCGAUUAGGGGCAAAGGUACAUUUAAUCAUACUUAAUUUAACUAAUUUUCUCUGAGAGCAUGCUGGGUAUUUUUACUAACCACAUGCAUUUACAAUGGCAGCCCUUUCUUCUUUGUGAUAUUGUUUCUUGCCUAAAAUGUUCCAUGUCACAGUUUGAUGUCACGCAAAUUCAUCAAGUUCAGAAUCGCAAGGUAGAGGGUCCAUAAAAAAAAUUGAUGUUUACUUGAGAAAAAUGAAAACGUUGAGUAAUGAAAGAUUACGAAUGUCAAACUGUUUAGAAAUGGGUGGGAGGUAUCUUUGAUGCCUCUCAGACAGUCAUCAACACUUUACCUACUUCUUCAUGUCCAACUUUAUUAAAAGCUUAUAUCCCAUGGUGCUAUACGUUGGAAGACUGAGGUACAAUGAAAUUGGUCGCUGAUGUUUGCUUAGCGUUUGGGGCCUGAAAUUAAAAAUGAGAGAGGACAGGUGUCGUUUCACGUAUUAACUCCCGUUCCAUAUUAUUCAUCGAUUAUUAAACAUUGUAAUUAGCCUUAAAAGCUUCGCAUUAACUAGUUACUCUAUCAGAAUACAAUGUAUGUAUAUAUCAAUUUAACCUUGUUGUUUGGAUUCUACCCAUCAUCUGUCUGGCAUAUCCAUUCGUCGGGGAUAUGUUAACAAACGCGAUGAAAUUUUCAUCUCCAUCGCGAUAAAACUUCGCCUUUUGAAUCGCCAAAAUUUUUCGUUCAUUCACAAUUUCUCGCCAUAUCUUUCGAGCAUGUCGAACAAGAGGAUAUCUUGGGGUCGAUCACAACAGUGCCAAUCGUAAAAUAAAUUUUAUUAUCAAAUCGUUAAUGAUGCAUGAGGUUAUUAGUUUCCAAAACUAGGGUUAUCACAUUGGCAAUCAGAUGAAAGGUUGACAUCAUCAUUAGCCAAUGGCAACUCAAAGUAAAACCACUUGAACCGCUGGAAAAUGGGAACGAACAAGUCGCGAUUGGUUUCAGUUUUACAUUUGAUUGAUUUAAAGGGUGGCGUAAGUUUCUGGACCAAUCACACAGCAAGUAGAGCAAAACCAAAGCAACCAAAUCCCGGUUUACUUAUAAUUCACAAUAAAGAAUUGAUUUACAUUCAUUAAAUGAGCUGCUGCGGUCCUGUUUAUGGCCCCCCUUCCCCUACUGGUCAUUGUUAGGGUCCCCUCCCCCCUUAAAACCUGUUUCCUUUAUUCGUAUUAAUGAGCCACUAAGGACUAUAAACCUCACGCCUCUAGAUAUGAUCCCAGAUAGAAUUCCCCCUCCAGAGUUUUAAUUCUUGAAUAUACGCAAAUACAUUACUACAGGGUUACAAACCUUCUUACGGUGAAAUACUAACUUCUAGUUAGCGAGAUUAAUUCAGCACGUAAUACCCCCAGGUGAACUUCAAGAAUUGAAAUGAUUAUCGAUGCUCCUUACACUGUGAGUUGUUAAGUUCCGUAAGUAAUGCUCUUACUACAAGCUCUGAAAGUCAAACUAAAGUUUAGAAUUUCUAAGGAAACAGAAAUUACGUGAGAAAAUUUACUCUCCGUGAGGUCAAAGCUCUGACAAGAAGACGUCCUGUCAAAAUACGUCUUUAUUCAACGUCCAUUGUUUGAUAUCCAUGGCCGCAUAUUAACAUACGAAUUUAAAGCAGUCUGCAAUAUUUGAAUUGAAUAAAAAUUUUUGAUGUAGGAAGUUAUGCAUUUUAGCUCGAUAGAAAAUGAAUAAUGACUUCGUAAAAUGCUGUAUGAUGAAACAGAGGCGCAUUUUAAGGAAAAGCUUUCUGAUGUUGAAUGGUUUUUGCUAAACUCAAGGCUUCAUUCGCUCUUAGUUUUCCCCUGAUGGCAAUUUCUGAAAUUGUUGAUUUGUAGAUAUAAAUUUCACAUGUCUAAAACCAGACAUCUCUCUUCUUAUAUUUAGAAAAAAAUAGAUGCUUGAGAAUGAAAAACAUCAUUCUGAAUCGCAGUUUUUCUUGGAGUUAGAGUAAGCUUGUAUUGUCUUGAAAUUCAAAAUUUAGACGACCUUUUUGGCACAGAUUUAAAUGCUUAGACAGUUUAAAAUCACCUGAAUGGGAAUUACUUUUUCAGCUGCAAUGUACGUAGCGUUUAACAAUGCCAAUUAUACUCUUUUUUUCCAGUAUUUGAUUAUGAUUAGCUAAACAAUUUGAUCGCUGAAUGUUUAAUUUUUUCCUUAUUCGUUCGGCGUUUUCUUAGCGAUCUAAUGGAGUCACAUUAACAGCAAUAUUUUCAAAUAUUCUAAGAUCUUUAAAAAAGGAUAACUCAUUGAUAUUUAUUUAAGGACCACGGUGCGUUUCAUGAGAAAGAAGCAUAACGUAUUGCAUAUGUACAUUAAUUUUUGCGCUGCUUUUUCUUGGGAAUCUGUUCAAAAGGCAAGUUUCAACGACAAGGAUGCUAAUGAUUGCUUUCACCGUGGUGCUUGUUUUGAAUCUUCAAAGGGUAAUACCAGAAGUUAUGAUCGCGUCAUUUGAGUUAAGACUUUUUCAUUACUUGCACAUCAGUGCUCUAGAAAAAAGACAUGUUGUCGAGCCCAUCGAUUGCAGCUUUGCAUGUAUACAAAAUGUGUUCUGCGUCUCAUUAAAUGUUGCUGCCGUUGCUGAUGGAAAAGGGAAGUAUUGGUGCGAACUUCUGUCGUCCAACAUGCACAGCGAUGCUGCAAAACUAGCGGCAAAUUAUCAAUCACACCACUACAGCCUUUCGCAGGUAUUUGAGAAAUGAUUAGAUCUUUCAAAUUCCCUUUUCUCUUCCACUGAGACUAAAAUAAUAAAGAAACCAGAGGUCUUUUGUUGUUAAUGUCGUGGGUUGUUUCACGAUUGAAUUUCCAAUAUAGGUAUUUCAAAAUACUUCGCGUUCAACUUUGUAGCUUAUAGGUUUAUUUGUUGUGCGAUAAGAUGUCCUUUUAAGUAAUUUAUGUAUGCAUUUACUGCUGUUUUAUGUUACUCGUUUGUUCUAUAUUUUUUAGAAUUCUUGUGGCGCUGAAAUCUGCUCGAGUCAUGGGAAGUGUAGAGCAAUAUCAUUUAGAAACGGACCCUUCGAGUGCGUCUGUCAUCCCGGAUAUGUUGGAAAACAUUGUGAAAUUGGUGAAUAGUAAUUUUUUUCCAGAUUAAUUUGAAAAUCUCAGAUAGAUGUUACUUCUCUUGGUGGUUACUCUUAAAACUAAAGAUAAAUUAGUGUGUUUCACGUUACAUCCGACGUAACCAUGCCAUCUAGUUUGCUUAUUGUGACAUGAGAUGAGUGCAUGGGAACAGGAAAAAUCAGGUGAAAAUAUAAGGUGGGCGAUAGAGAAAUGAGGCAUCCAUUAAUCUAAGUUCAAUUGAAAUUUGGGAAACUAAAACCAUUCGCAACUUUGUCACCGUUCUUUAUGCAAUUUACUAACUUUUUCUUACUGUCAACUUCAGCUAGACUUUCUUAUGGAUUAGGCGAGCUCUUCAAGAGUAACUAGUGAUGACACGAUAUUUAGAGCGUAUAGUUUUCCCUUACAUGUAAAGUACCUCUAUCUUAAAGGAACCAUAAACAAUAAUCCAGAAAGAAAGAAAAAGACCACAACGAAAAGGAAAAACUAGAAAGGAUCAUGGGUUUUUAAAGAUAGAGAAGCAAAAGUUGAUAUGGAUUGCAGAUCUUUAACUUAAUAAUGUUGGAAAACCUGUCUCAAUAUGGACACAUCAUUACCUGGGCCCUUAAGUAUUUCUGGUUCUCUAUACCCUACUUCCUUUGAGGUCAGCAAAUAUCUUGUCUGAUUAUAAUUAAUUUUUCAAUGUACAAUCGUAGGAUUUUAACUUUUGUGCUUGUAUUUCAGCUGCACCGGAGUGCUUGAAUCAUAAAGUGCUAAGCGAACCAGAUCGGCACACCUCCUACGGAAGAGGUAAAAAAAAAGACAGCUCCUUGAUCCCUGGCUGGUACAGAUUCCAGUCCUAUUCAUACAAAAAGAUGCUGAACAAUUGCGUCCGUCAUCACAUAUGCCGCACAGACCUACCAGGCUGGUUAAAAGGCUCACAUCCAUCGAUAGAGGAUGGCAUUGUCGAUAGGGAAGUUUGUUUCUUUGGAUACAACAAAUGUUGUUACAGAAGAGUUCACAUUCGUGUGAGAAAAUGUAAUGGGUUUUACGUGUAUUUCUUAAAACCACCUCCUCCAGGAAAUUUUCGUUACUGUGCAGUGUAGUGGACCCUAGUUACUCUAAAAUGGCUAAAAAAUUGAACUUCCCUUAGAGAGAAAGAAAAGUGCGCUGAAAAUACUUGCUGUAAAAGCCCAGUUUAAUAAUUUGGCCCGUCCACGUGUUGGGAGCAAUGACGAUCUGUAAUUGUUUACAUUUACAGAUCUGCUUUUUUUCGACUGAAACAGCACUAAGCUGGAUAAUGUUAGAAGAAUAGCGAAUGAAAGCUGCUUUUUAAUUUCAAGGUUGCUGUUGUAAAGUUCUGUUUAGCCAGCCGCUGUUUUUAAAAAAUGUAGGGUUUGAGUAAAAUUAAAAACACAGUGUACUGAGCAAUGACUGAAAGAUCUUGGUCUAAAAUAAGAAUCUGACUCUUGCUACAAAUUGUAAAAUUGACUGACUUGUGCCCAGACCACCUAAGCCUACAAACACAAGAACAAAGCUUGCAUGGUCAGCGUGAUACCAACAUAACAAGCGGCACCCUUUGUUUUCAUCUUAAAUUUUUGCCGGCUUUCGUUAACAUUAAUCUACUUUACUGACUCUUUACUGAGAGUUACAGUUAUCAUGAAGGGAAGCAUGCCAUCACAAAUUUAUCACCAUUUAUCCAUCCACCGAGAGUAAUUUGCAUCAAAAUAUUAAACAGUAGAGUUUAUGAAAUCCUGUUGAUAUCAUGAAUUUUAAUAAUCUUGCAAGAUAAAUAAAAAAGACAUCUGGUAUCUUAAAGGAUUUUUAAGGAAGUAACUUCUGAUAAUCACGAGGUCUAUCUAUUAGUUUCUAAAGAAACUGCGUCGGAAGGCAAUAGAAAUAGUUGAUUGGUUAUCAACUACGAUUUGAUAAAUGUAGUCAGCGAAUUUUUAAGAAGCUGAAAUUCAGGGCAUUUUCUCUUCGUUAAGGUAACUUUCGGACCCUCAGUGUUGCCUGGGUGACGAAAAAUUCACAGACAUCCUUUUUUUUUAAAAAUUAUUACGAGAAUCUCAAACUGGUUGCAUAAAGAUUCCCACUGUCUGUCCGAUAGAAAGCUUUAUCAGAAAGUAAUAGUUAUUAUGGGAACUAAAUUGAAAGUUAGAAGGGACAGGUGCUAUAUCGCAUGUUAAUUUCUGCUGUUUAACUUGUCGUAAAAAUUGUCAUAACUAUAUAAUGUAUUACAUAUGUCUUGUCAUUUGAAGACUAUCAGGCAUCUAUCUGGCGUUAAAAUUUGUCUGGUAGAAUUUCACAAAGGAGAUGAAAUUCUGCGCUUUAAUCGCUUUGAUAGUUUGCCUUUCGAACCGUUAUGGACUCGUUGCUAAAAAUAUAAGAGCUUCGUAUGAGCCACUACCUGUACCUUAACGCUUCUUACAUAAUGAGAAUGUUUGUGGAGGACAUCCUCGACUGUAGCCUAGCCUGCCUUGAGAACAACCUCUGCGUUUCAUUCAACUUGGCGGUUAAUGCUGAUAGUGAAGGAAAACGCUGGUGUGAUCUUCUAUCGUCCCAUAUCUACAACAACACUGAAAAGCUCAUUGUAGAUCAAAAUUCACAUCACCUCACGUUGAAGGUACAUAAUUAGUUAGGUCAGUGUAGCCUACUGACAGGUCGGUCUGUAGUUAGCAGAAACUGGAAGUAGGAGAAGUACUGUAUAAAACGCUACACAAUUUUAAUCCAGAAUUUUUAAGGCCAAAACUCAUUGAAAGGAACGAACUUACUUCAUUAAUCUGAGAAAUAGUGAGAGUGAGCCUGUAGUUCCACCACUCGGCAAAUAAUUUUCAAGCGAAGCUUAAGUUACGGUAAUUCGGUACUGUGGAAUGGCUUUCCUCGCCGCCUGCGUCGAGCGUCAUCAUCAACAGACUUUAAAACUCUAGCUAAUAAACCGCCACAAAUUUCAGUGAGUGAAUCACUUAUUUUUUCAUCUCUUAUGCUUUAGUUAUAGCUAUCGUUCGACAGCCUUGCAAAUCAUGUUAUCAAUUUUUUUUGUAUUAUUUCAUUUUUAUAUCUAUCACUUGUUUAUACGAAAUCCCUGAAGGAUCCGUGGGUAAAUAAAGUUGACUUGACUUGAAUUUCGUAAUUUCAGCGCGAGUCGGAACACAAUUUACCUUCCAAACAUACAGAGACGUGAGAGCAUUAAGUAAUGUUACUCUGUUGAAUGUCAACAAAACUCUCUCGCCAGUAGUCUCCCAUCAAGUUUUACAUGAGGAAAGAAAGACGAUGGAAAGGUCCGAAUCAUGCACAACUUUCUCUGUGCGAAAAAGAGCUAGUAAACUCAGAUUUGAUGGGUACUCAUUUGUCAGUUGAUGAUAAUUAUUGAUAUCAUUUACCAUGGUUACGUGCAUGUGUGAGUGGAUUCAGCUGACAAGAAAUAUUCAGAAUUAAAAAGUUUGUGGAAAAGAAAAGCAUUCACUUUCUUGAUCAAAAGGCGCCGCGGUGUCUAUCAUAAUUAAAACGAGAUCUCCUGCAGGGUCAGAUAAAUUAUGCCUGGCCUUAUGCUCAGCAUUAUAAAGUAUAUUCAAAGCAUCAAGCAUGAUACCGGUAUAACGACCAAACUUCGAAAUUCCCCUGUUACAAUUCUAAUUAUAUACAAGAAAAAAUUACUCAGUUCUAAUUGGUUAAGAUAAGUGCAGUUUUUAGGUAAUUCAAUGCAGAAGAGGAUUAAUUCAGGGCAAAGAAAGUAACAAACCAGACAUUCUGAUUGGUCAAUAAAUUUUUGCCGGCUUUCGUUAACAUUAAUUUACUUGUACUGACUUUAAUUAGAGUUACAGUUAUCAUGAAGGGGGGCAUGCCAUUACAAAUUUAUCACCAUUUAUCCAUCCACCGAGAGUAAUUUGCAUCAAAAUAUUGAACAGUAGAGUUGCUGAAAUCCUGUUGAUAUCAUGAAUUUUAACAAUCUUGCAAGAUAAAUAAGACAUCUGCUAGCCGUCUUGUCAUUUGAAGACUAUCAGGCAUCUACCUGGCUUUAAAAUUUGUCUGGUAGAAGUUCACAAAGGAGAUGAAAUUCUGCGUUUUCUUCGCUUUAAUAGUUUGCCUUUCGAACCGUGAAGGACUCGUUGCUAAAAAUAUAAGAGCUUCGUAUGAGCCACUACUGCACCAUUACCUUAACGCUUCUUACAUAAUGAGAAUUUUUGUGGAGGACAUCCUCGACUGUAGCCUAGCCUGCCUUGAGAACAACCUCUGCGUUUCAUUCAACUUGGCUGUUUUUGCUGAUAAUAAAGGAAAACGCUGGUGUGAUCUCCUAUCGUCUCAUAUCUACAACAACGCUGAAAAGCUCAUUGCAGAUCAGUUUUCACAUCACCUCACGUUAAAGGUAUGGCUAGGAAUAUAAAUCACGUUAGGCUUUCAGUGGACUGGAAUACAGUGCGGAGUAAGAAAGGAAUACAAACAAAAUUGCGGGUCGGAUUGUUUACAUGCAAAACCUUCAUAUCCGCGCACGAUACAGGUUCCGCAGAUUAGGGAUAUUAUUAAAAACGAUACAUAACACCACUUACGCCAUAAUUGACCACUUAAUGUACAUAAUCUCGCUAAAAACUACUACUAACGUUGAUUUCGGGAGGGAAACGUGGAUUAAAAAUUACUUGAAAGAUUAUUCUUAGUUUUAUGUGGGUGGUUCCGCUUUAAUUGACCGUUCAGUAUUGGUGGAAGAUAAAAUGUAAUACAAACAGGAUUCAGAACUCAGUUAAGGGUGACCUUGAUGGAAUUGACCACUUGAUGAAGGUGAAAAUUACAUUAAUUAAGGGGAGACAAAUUUGCAACUUUGACAAUCGAUCGCUUUAAUUAUUACAGGGUGACCACUAAAACGGUGCGGCUUGAUACAGUUUUGACUCUAUUCAGAAUUGUAGCGGUCAUGAAUUAGAAAAGCAAGCACUUUCUUGAUCAAAAGCCGUCCUGGUGUUCCUCAUAAAUAGAAAGAAAGUCUUCAGGCAGUGAGGUUUGCAAACAAAGAGGCUUAAAUUUUGUUUUCAGAACUCAAUGGAAUUUGAACACGAGCCAUAGGAAACGAAGUCUUUUUUAAUAAUGAUCAUGACAAAAUGAAAACAAAACAACCGAAAAAAAAGACAGAAUAUUAAUAAAAAAAAACAAAACAGAAAAACCAGGCGGUUUUGUUCAUGUUGGAUAACGGUCCUAAUUAAAGAACAAGGUAUUCUCUGUUGCAUGUCACCUAGGAUGCUUAAAUUACCAGCCGGCUGAAAAUACAAUUGACAUAACCACAGUGGUUUUAUGAACAUAACAAUGUUUGUUUUUUAGAAUCCUUGUACCGAACAAAUCUGUUCCAGCCAUGGAUUAUGUUCACCGAUUUCGCUCAGAGACGGAACCCAUAAAUGCGUUUGUUACCCGGGUUAUCGCGGCAGUAAUUGUGAAAUUGGUGUGUAACUUUUAAGAUUUUUUGUUGUUUUUCAACCGAAUUGAUUAAGCUAUGAUAUGAUACUGAUAACAACAAUUGAUCUGAAUAAUGGAUCACUGAUUAGUCUAAGGAGUUAUAUUUUGUGUGACGAGAGCCAAAUCUCACUCCAUCCCUUUAAAAGGGCGUUCAAUCGAUCCCUCUCCCUGCCCUUGGGUUUCCACUGCUUCAUUGGCCACAGUUCUGGCUCUAACACUGGUACGAGAAGUUGGAGAACGUAUUUAACUCCUUUUAGGUCUUCGCUACGUCUUAAAAUCUUUAGGAGCUCCACAGCAUGAUGCAUAUAUGAUAUUCGGUGCUGGUACAAGAGGCAUACGAACGACGUUUAUGGAGUUUUCAAAGAAAAUUGUACCUAAGGAAACACCAUGUUUGGAACUUUAAUUUUCAUCAAGUCUUCCCCCAAAUUAAUAAAAGAUGGUAACUGAACCGCUGGGUGGGGUGAGAUUUGGUCUGAAAUGAUAUGCGUGAUUUUGUACUGGUAAUCGCAUGAUUUUGUGUGCAAUUUGGGAUAAAUCAGCGCGCGUAAAUUUUUUCAAAGACUAAAGCCAUUUAUCGCCGUUAAUUUUUGGAAUCCUUAGACUUCCAGACUUUCAUCCAGUUCUUUGUGCUUUGUUGGGUGUUUCUGUUCCUCUCGUUCUCCCUAAAACUCUGAAUUAGAACGUUGCUACUGUCUCCGAACCAGUCCGCCAUUUUUUGUUGUUGUACUUUUGUGACAUACCCGUCAAUUAAUUUAAUUUCAAUUUUCUGCACUUUCUGGGAUUAGUUGAGGUGUUCUCGACCAUUGAGCACCCAAAAAGUUUUAUAUAUUUAUAUUAUUAUUACUCUGACAAUCUUAGCGAGAAUGAAACGGCUAAAACUCUCACUCUCUACGACGUGAAAUGUGUAUAUAUAUAUUUUCACAGUCCUAGUGGGUUGCACCAAUUACACUGUGCUGAGUGAACCCGAUCGCCAUACAUCGUAUGGAAGAGGAGGCAACUCGGACGCAUCUCUCGUACCUGGCUGGUACAGAUUUCAGUCUGGUUCAUACACUAAAAUGCUGGACUACUGCGUCAGCCACCACAGAUGUCGUACAGACAUAACAGGCUGGUUAAACGGGCUUCAUCCAUCUCUCGAGGAAGGCAUUGUUAACAGGCAGGCGUGCUUUCACGGGUAUUAUAAUUGUUGUUACAGACGAGUUCAAAUUCAAGUGAGAAGCUGUGAAGGGUUUUAUGUUUACUACCUUAAUCCAUCACCAGCAGGAAGUUUUCGCUAUUGUGCAAUUGCUUAG